GUGACUUCACUGGCCGUCUUCUCGCCUACCUUAGCCUGAGUCCCAUCUUCAUCAUCGUAGGCUUCAUCACCCUCAUUGUUUUCAAGAGAGAACUACACACGAUCUCUUUCUUGGGAGGGCUGUGUUUCAACGAAGGCAUAAAUUGGUUAAUCAAGAACAUUGUCCAGGAACAGAGGCCUUGCCCAGAAGUCCACCCGUCGGUCUACUCGAAGUACGCCAUGCCUUCCAGCCAUUCUCAGUUUAUAUGGUUCUUCUCCGUCUAUUCGUUCCUCUUCCUUUAUUUAAGGAUGCACCAAACCAACAAUGCCAGGUUCCUGGACUUGCUGUGGAGACACCUGUUGUCCGUCUGCCUUUUAACCUUGGCCUGCCUAGUCUCGUGCAGCAGGGUUUACUUAAUGUACCACACCUGGAGUCAAGUUGUCUACGGAGGUUUUGUAGGAAGCUUCAUGGCUGCCCUUUGGUUUCUCUUCACGCAGGAAAUCCUAACGCCCUUGUUCCCGAGGAUAGCUGCAUGGCCGUUAUCCGAGUUUUUCUUAAUCCGAGACACCAGCCUCAUCCCCAACAUCUUAUGGUUCGAAUACACAGUCAGCAGAGCAGAAGCCAGGAACCGACAGCGUAAGCUGGGCACAAAGCUACAAUGAGCGCCGAAGUCUCCGGCAUUUGACUACGCAGUUCUGUAUCCCGGCAGGCUGGAACGGAGACACCUGCGCAGAUCUUUGGGGAUGUAGCCAGGCGCCUUUUUACGGGACGGAUCGAUGCCAUCGGGCAGGGACCACCACCGAAGACCCCAGAGGCCUU